AACAGGCCCACUCGGAGUCCACUCGGAGACCAACACCAACACCAGCUCGACGUGUUCCUCGGGCAGCGGCGGCGGCGGGGCACCGUCUUCUUCUCCUUCCUCCCCAAGAAGUACCGCCACCAGCCCACCACCAAUCCACCAAGCGCAGCUGCCGAAUCCCACCGACGCAUCGCUCGCGCGCAGAUCGAAGCUACGGCAAUGGCGUCCGCCGAGCCCGCUGCGGAGCCGCAUCACGCGCAAGAAACCUCCAGCGCGGCGGCCGCGGCCGACCGAGAAGAGGCGCCGCAAGAACCGGUUCCGGAAGCAGCCGCGCCAGGAGCGGAGGCGGAGAAGGUAGGGGAGGGCGAGGAGGAGGAGGAAGGGGAGUGCGGGUUCUGCCUGUUCAUGAAGGCCGGGGGCUGCAAGGACGCCUUCGUGGCGUGGGAAGAGUGCGUGGAGGCGUCGGAGAAGGAGGGCUCCGACAUGGUCGAGCGCUGCCACCAGGCCACCACCAACCUCAAGAAGUGUAUGGACGCGCACGCCGACUACUACGCCCCCGUGCUCCAGGCCGAGCAGGCCAUCUCCGACCAAGCCGAGGCCGCCGUCGCUGCUGCUGCCGACGCCGCGAAGGACAAGGGAACGGAGCCAGCGUCCGAUGUGGAGAAGAAGGAAGAAACCGUCCCCUAGCUGGCUGCUUCGUGCUUCCUCCCCUCCGGCCAUUGGCGAGGGGAAGAAGGAAGAAACAGUUGUCUGAGAAGAAACUAACCCACUCUGACUGAGCCUGCCCAUGCCAUUAUUGAGGAGACUCGUGCACCUGAAGAAUCUAUGCAACAGGGAGUGCACACCAGGCUGCAUAAUAAUAUUCAGCAAUCGAAACAGUAUAUUGAUGGUACUGUGCGGUAUCCAAUCAAAGGGCAUGGGUUUGCAGCUGUGCGUGAUGAAGUGUCUGAGUCACAAGAUCAUACUUUAUCUUUUAAAGAUAUCAAUUGGCGACGAGCAAUGGACGUUGAACAUAAUGCUCUCAUGAAAAAUCAGACUUGGCACUUUGUUCCUCGCCAACCGAGGCAGAAUGUGAUCGAUUGCAAGUGGGUUUUCAAACUCAAGCGCAAAGUAGAUGACUCAAUCAACAGAUGCAAAGCAUGACUUGUGGCAAAAGGAUUCAAGCAGAGUCUAUUGGGGAUGGAGUUUGAGACAGAUUGCUGUUCAAAAUGCUUUUUUGCCUGGGUUCUUGUAAGAAGAUGUUUAUAUGAAACAACCACCUGGCUUUGAACACAAAGAUCUACCACAGCAUGUCUGCAAAUUAGAUAAAGCACUUUAUGGCUUAAAACAGGCACCUAGAGCCUAGUACUCCAGAUUAAGUGCAAAGCUUCAGGAAGUAGGAUUUGUUCCAUCGCAAGCCGAUAUGUCUUUGUUCAUAUAUAAUCAUCGAGAUACAAUCAUUUAUGUUUUAAUAUAUGUAGAUGAUAUUAUUAUUACCAGUUCCUCCCCAGCAGUAAUGGAUACACUAAUUCAUCAACUUUGUGAUGAAUUUGCUAUUAAGGAUCUGGGACAGUUGCAUUAUUUUCUGGGAAUUGAAGUAGUUCAUCAGCAAGAUGGAGUAUACUUACUCAAAGAAGUGUGUAAGGGAUGUAGUGAAGCGUGCAAACAUGGAGACUUGCAAGCCUGCCACUACUCCAAUGUCAUCCACCGAGACUAUAAAAAAUUCAAGGUACAUUGCUCUCUGAACAAGAAGGAACAAUGUACAGAAGUAAUGUUCAGUAUUUGACUAUCUCUAGACCUGAUGUCUCCUUGGUGAAUCGGGUUUGUCAAUACUUUCAUUGUCCAUCAAGUCAUCACUGGACGGCGGUAAAAAGGAUUCUCAGGUAUUUGAAGUAUACAUUGAAUAUGAGUCUGUCUAUCCGAAAGUCAAGUUCACUGUUGAUCAGUGCCUUCUCAGAUUCAGAUUUUGGGUAUGAUGUCCAGAUGAUCCAUGAUGGACCAGUGGGUUUGCUGUUUAUCUUGGGAGCAACCUAGUGUCUUGGCGCUCACACAAAUAACCAACCGUGUCAUGGUCUAGCAUCGAGUCAGAAUACAAGGCAAUGGCAAAUGCUACAGCAGAAACUAUUUGGAUUCAGUUUUUGCUAAAGGAGCUUGGUGUUCGUCGGUCAAGACCACUGUCUCUAUGGUGCGAUAACCUGGGGGUAACUUAUCUCUCCCCUAAUCCUAUCUUUCAUGCUAGAACUAGCAUAUAGAAAUAGACUUUCAUUUUGUGAGAGAACGAGUUGUUAGGAAGAUGCUUGAUGUUCGAUUUAUCUCAAGUCAGGAUCAAGUUUAAGAUACCUUCACUAAACCACCACCAAUUAGAAGUUUUGAAGCUUUCCGGGAUAACCUCAACCUUUCUCAAGCUGUUGAGAUUGAGAGAGGCUGUUAAACUAAUGAGUUCUAUCUGUUGUAGAGAAAAGAACAGAAUUGUAACAAUAGAGUUAGGCUUGUAAUGUAAGCUAAUUAAUUAUGUUGUACUCAUUGCCAUAUGGGACUGUUCACCGUUUGGCAUUAUCAAUAAAAGCCACGACAAUGACUCA